AAUGGAUGAAUAUAUAAACUCAUAUAAAGUUCAAAAUUCUCCUUUAAAAGAAGUGAAUAAUACAAGAAGAGUUCCCUCAGAGAGAUAUGGGAGACUAAAACAAGCUGGAGAAGGGUUAAUAAACAACAGUAUGCAAUACCCCGCAUAUAAUAAACAUAAUACAAGUCAAGAAGACAAAUGGAGGACUGAUCAUUCCAGAUUAAAUUCAAGUUAUGAGUUUAUGGUACAAGUUCAGAAAUACAACAAACUUAAGAAUAAACUUUUGGUUACUAAACUCCAACAGCAACGAAAUAAGAGAAUGAAUGUGCUUAAUAAACAUCGGAAUAUAAAGAAUGUUCUUCAAUCUGUAUCAGCAAGAAAUUACCAACUCAAGUCAAAGACUGAGGAGAAUAAAACUAGGGGUUCUUUAAAGACAGGGAAAGGAGAGAAACCUUUGGACAGAACUAACGACGUAGUAAAUCCUCAAAAUGCUGUACCUUUUGUUCCAACUACCCAGCAUUAUCCAUAUUCUUUCUCUCAACCAAUGCCUGAAGUCCAUCAGAACAUGAUUGCACCUCAGGAUUCUAUGAAUAAUGAAAGAAUGAUAGAAGAAUUAAUGAAGAAAAUCAAUGAGCAAAGAAAUUAAAAAGCCUGAAGAUUCUCAACUUCUUAAAAGAAUCUCUUCUCUAGAGGAAGAAAAUAGGAAUUUAGAAAGAAGAUCGCACAAAGUACAAAGAGAGAUGAAAGCUUUAGAUCAGCAGAAACAAUCUCAGGCUGCUAACCCUUUUGGAGGAUACAAUCCUGCUCAAAUGGGGCAGAACCCAUAUAAUAUGCAUCCUUAUGGACCUGGAUACCCAAUGUCAAUGCCUAAGCGGAAGAAGAGAAGGCCUUCUACCUCCUCCUCUAGCUCAGACUCUACCAACAGUAUUGAGGAGAAGGAAGAAAAUCUAUUGAAGAAAAAAUACUACCUUCGCCGUUUAGAAGCUAAACUAAAAGCGAGGAAAGAAGACAAAGAAAUAGAAGAAAGAAUGAGGAAGGAAGAUCUUAGAAAAAGAGAAUCAAUGGAUAGAAUAGAAGAAAUGAAGAAAAAAACAGAACAAGAUCAAAAUAGUCUUAAGAACCUAGCUCAAGCUGUUAUAAAUGCCCCUGGAAAGCAAGAAGAAAAGUCAGAAGAACCAGAAGCUAAAAAUCUAUAAUCC